UAAAGGCACAGGCAUCAUAGCAAAAACUCAUCAGACACUUGAAGAUCUUCAGAAUUAAAGCUGCUCAACAGAAGAUAAAGAAGUUAGAAAUCUACCUGAUCAACUGAACCUGCUCUGAAAGAGCUCCUAAGCAGAUCUGUUGCUGGUCCAUUUCCAACAGAAGAGAUGGCCCCUCAACUCCAAUCUCAGCCCCAACACCCUUUGAACGUCGUUCAGGGAGAUCUGAAUGCCUUGAGCCCCGCAGUGAGAGACUUUGUUGAACAAAGUGCGAAGUUAUGUCAACCAGACAAGAUCCACAUCUGUGAUGGGAGCGAGGAAGAGAACAGGCAACUUCUGUGCCUAAUGGAAGAGCACGGGAUAAUCAAACACUUACCCAAGUAUCAGAACUGCUGGUUGGCUCGCACAGACCCCAGAGACGUUGCUCGCGUGGAGAGUAAAACGGUAAUUGUGACCCCUGAACAGAGAGAUACCAUUCCCAUACCAAAGAGUGGGGUCAGCCAGCUCGGGCGCUGGCUGUCAGAGAAGGAGUUUGAAAAGGCAUUCACUUUACGUUUUCCAGAAUGUAUGAAAGGCCGUACAAUGUACCUGAUUCCAUUCAGCAUGGGACCUGUGGGUUCGCCUUUGUCCAAGAUCGGGAUCCAGUUGACAGAUUCACCUUACGUUGUGGCAAGCAUGAGGAUCAUGACUCGCAUGGGAUCGGCUGUACUGGAGACCCUGGGCAAUGGCCAGUUUGUCAAAUGCCUUCAUUCCGUUGGAUGCCCUUUACCACUAAAGAAACCACUGGUCAAUAACUGGGCCUGCAAUCCUGAGCUGACACUGGUCGCCCACAUCCCUCAGCGCAGGGAGAUUAUUUCAUUCGGGAGUGGUUAUGGAGGUAACUCACUGCUGGGAAAGAAGUGCUUUGCUCUGCGCAUUGCCUCCAGGAUUGCUGAAGAAGAGGGCUGGCUUGCUGAACACAUGCUGAUCAUGGGAGUAACCAACCCCAAAGGCCAGAAGAAGUACAUUGCUGCCGCGUUCCCGAGUGCUUGUGGAAAAACAAACUUGGCCAUGAUGAAUCCGACAUUACCCGGUUGGAAAGUUGAGUGUGUGGGAGAUGAUAUCGCCUGGCUGAAGUUCGAUGAGCAAGGUAAACUGAGAGCAAUCAACCCAGAAAAUGGCUUCUUUGGUGUAGCUCCUGGGACAUCUAACAAGACAAAUCCAAAUGCAAUGCAAACCAUCAGCAAGAACACCAUCUUCACCAACGUGGCAGAAACCAGCGAUGGGGGUGUUUACUGGGAGGGAAUUGAUGAAACUCUGCCUCACUGCAUCACAGUGACUUCAUGGAAAAACAAAAUAUGGAGUCCUGGCGAUGGAGAACCAUGUGCACAUCCCAACUCCAGGUUCUGUACUCCUGCCAGACAGUGUCCAAUCAUUGACCCAAACUGGGAGUCCCCUGAAGGGGUUCCCAUUGAAGCAAUUAUCUUCGGAGGACGGAGACCAAAAGGCGUCCCUCUGGUUUAUGAAGCUUUUAACUGGCAGCAUGGAGUUUAUGUUGGAGCAUCCAUGAGAUCAGAGGCUACAGCUGCAGCAGAGCACAAAGGUAAGGUCAUUAUGCAUGACCCUUUCGCCAUGCGGCCUUUCUUUGGCUACAACUUUGGGAAGUACCUGUCGCACUGGCUCAGUAUGGAGCACAGGACCUGCUCGAAACUUCCCAAGAUCUUCCACGUCAACUGGUUCCGCAAAGACAAGCAGAACAACUUCCUGUGGCCGGGUUUUGGGGAGAACUGUCGAGUCCUGGAAUGGAUGUUCCGGAGAAUUGAGGGAGAGGACUGUGCCAAACUGUCUCCUUUGGGCUACAUUCCUGCAGAUGGUGCCCUGAAUCUCAACGGUCUCAGCUACGUGAACAUGGACGAAAUCUUCAGUGUUGAGAAGGAAUUCUGGGAAGAGGAAAUCAAAGAGAUCCGAAAAUAUUUUGACGACCAGGUCAACAUUGACCUUCCCUGUGAUGUGGCCAAUCAGCUGCUACAGUUGGAACAAAGAAUAAAUCGGUUGUAACAAUAAGCAAGUGAUGUAGGCAGUAAGAAGGAGAAACAUGCUUAUUUCAGAUAAAUUGUCCUCCAGUUGAUGUUCUGGAACUCAUUAUUUGUUGUUACUAUGAGUUAGAUUGAAGAUUGAAUGUGUUUAGGAAUACCAGAGAUUUUAUUGUUUGCUGUAAUAUUUUUAUUUCAUAUCAGUGGAUUCAGGGGGAAAAUUAAAUAGCCUCUUUGACAGGAGGUUUCAUACCCAGGCACAGGGAGUUCCACAAGAUGACCAUGAGCCUCUUAAGUUAACAGGUUCUUGAGAGACAUGGUAUAUUAUUCUAUUUUAAAGAGUGUUUUGCAAUGCUGACUGUGGCCUUAGGCUAUACAAAGGAAACAAGGCUUUAAUUCACACUUCGUUUCUGAGAAUUCAGCCUCAUGGAAACUCCAGGGUUUGUGGAUUUGUGAGGCUUUAGAAAGGCUUCACUACUUGCGCAGAUUAUGCUGCAAGAAAAGAUAAUAGGCGCAACACGCCCUUAUUAACAGCUCUUCAAAAGUUGCACUUUAAAAUUUGGAAUAUGAUGAUUUUGAUAGUUUUGUAAUUGUGACUGAUAGCACAUCUAGAGCAAAUGAUUAAAAACAGGAAUGCCAGCUGAAGUUGGAAAAGCAUUGUUUAUGCAGUGGAGAAGAUUGUGCUGCUGUUGUGAUUCCCUGUAAAUCCUAAUACAAUGCACAUGUCAAUUCCAGUUUGGAAAUUGAACACAAAUUGCACUGGAGAAUCUUUCAGAUUUCAGGCUUAGCCUACCAUGCACCAGCAAUGCAGCUUUCAGCAAAGAAUGCAGUGCUAUGAACAUAUGCAGCCAUACAGUUUGAAGAAGAUAACUUUUAGCUUUAGUUUUUUAAAAAAAUUAGAUCUGAUAAAAUUAUUACUUUAUAGAGAAGAUAGCGUCAGAAUUGCAAUGAUGUCAUUGCGCCACUGAUUAAUUCCAGGUUUAUAAAUAUAUCCUGGUCAAGCCUCAGUUAAGACAUGCAUUAGAGGUUAACAAUGAAGAAACAAACUGAAAUCACCUACUGAAGCAGAAUUACUAAUCUUUUCAAAUUCUAAAUUAUUAGUCUGUAACAAAUUCUGAGUGUCUGUAUGUUAUAAUUCAAAAUGUUUCAACUGGAAAGGUCUUUGUUUGUAUGUAAAGUGUUUUUUAAAAAUAAAUUGAUAUUUCGUGUUUUCAAUAUAA